AUGGAAGCCAGCAAGAAUGCUCUAAAGGACGAGGAGGCCAAUUCGUUCAUCGAUUCAGAUCAUGAGCUAGAUGACCAUAUGAACGGACACCAGAGACAGCAACGGCUUCUAGUAUGGCUCUGGAAUGCUACUCUUCUUGUCCUUGCGUCUGGUUGGAUUAUACCCCUUCUUCAACGACACAGCAUUGUUGUUCACAAAAGCACAACCGCUGCAGACACUUGGGGACGGCCAGACAACACACCGCUGCCGCCAGAAGUGUUCCAAACAGUCAAGAAAACGUUUUUCCGUGAUGAGCGCUAUAUUGGCACCACUGUGGAAGUGCACCGAAAUUGGGAUCACAUUGUUGCCGGUCACGAUGCUCUGUACAUCGAGAACCCUGAAGCCUAUGGUCUGCCAAAAGGGACUCAUCCACCAUUCGACCACCCUGGAAAGGUGGGAGAGGGCCCGCCUGUCUUCUAUGUUGUCACUAUCCUGCACGAAAUGCAUUGCCUGAACAUCAUCCGCUAUCGGUACUGGGAAGUAAAGGGCAAGGCCUCACCGCUGCAUGAUUAUUCAGACGCGGCGUGGGAUGCGCAUAUUGACCACUGUUUUGAGUAUUUGAGGCAAUCUAUAUCAUGCGGCUCGGCCUUUCAAAUUGAAGGUGCCUCGCCUUUGAAAGUUCCGGGUGAGAAGGGCAAGGCUUCGACGGUAACGGGUUGGGGCACUGAACAUAGCUGCAUCAACUUCGAAGCACUCAGGGCAUUUCAAAUCAACCAGGAACGACGCUAUAAUGCGACCUGGCACGAGUAG